AUGAAGUUGACAGUUAUUACAAUUUUUGUGGGGUUAUUUGUUUGCUUGGAAUUGUGUUCCGCCAGAGUGGUGGAUCGUUUGGAUCGCACGGAAAUUGGCACUCCAGCAAAAUUGAAAAUACCAACGGUGCAGGGUCGCCAGGCAUAUGCCGAAGAUGAUUACUAUGAGGAGGAAGAGGAUGAUGAGGAAGAAGAGGAGUUACAGCAAUCACUGUUGCAGGAUAAUAUAGCGGCUGGUGGCCAUGGAGGUGAUGGUGGUGGUUAUGAUGAAGGUGAAGAAGAUGAUAAUGAGGAGGAUGAUGGUGAUAACGAAGAAGAAGAGGAAGAUGAUGACCAAGGUGAACAACGUUUUAUGGAAGAUAGACGAUUCCUGAAAGCGGUCUAUGAUAUUUUAUAG